AUGCUCCAUCUCUGUGAAAGCGACGCCACGGCUGCGCGACAAGCAGUGGUGCUCUUAGCUCUGCGUUGUCGUGCCGCGGAAAUGGCCAUGCAAGCGGUGACGGCGUUGGUAGAGGAGGGUUUGUUGCCCACGGUCUCCUUAGUCUUGGAUAGGACCUGUGCCUACGCCAAGCGCCGCCGCGAGUGCUUCAGCCUGGAGUCGGCAAAGGAGGGCUUGGGCUUAUUGCUUCAGAGGGGUUGGUUGCAGGAGGAAGCCUCGCGAUUUUACACCUUCCUUCGUUGCUCCGAGGGCCAAGUCAAGGUCCCAUCUUCGCAAGCCGCGCCACGUUUCUCGCGCCAACCUUCGCUGCCCAUGCUGCGACCGUUGUGGGCUGAGCUGGCGAAGAUGAAGGCUGAGGCGGAGGAGAGGCACGGUGCAGCACGUCUUCUAGCGCUGGCGCUCUAA